GUCCUCGGCGUCGCCGUCGUGGUUUCUUUUUGCAUUUUUGACGGCUAACGGUUAAUUUUUUGGCCAUUUCACGGUUGACGGUUAUCCGCAUUGAGACCCUCUAUAUCAAAGUCUUUAAUCCCAUUAUUUAAUUCAACAGUGGUUAACAGUGUUCCUUAAAAGUUUCUGAAGAUGAGAAUUUUGUUCGUUACAAAGACCGCCAAAUAUAGCACAAACGUGAGAACACAUCGGGCAACAAAUAAAUGUUUAGUUGGUUUCCAUUCCCCGAAUAGUUUCGAUCACUUGUGCGUUUUUUUAAUGGCAGUUAAUACCCAGAAACAUAUCAGGCACGGUUUUUACCUCCAUAAAAAAAAAGAAUUGUUUACAACAAAAUAACAGGCGAGCGUCUUGGCAAGUUCAAGGUACAUAUAGAAUGUGUGAAAAUAUAAAGCAUCAUGCUUUUCAUUCUCAUCGGGCAGGAACGUUUUGCAAUGGAGGAAGUGGAAAGAAUACUUCAAGACUUAAAGAUAUACAAGGAAACCGAAAACAAAGAAGCCGAGGGAAACUCCUACAUCGACCUCGGUAGCGCCUACCACGAUCUCGGUCAACACGAGAAAUCCAUCGAAUGUUUUGAAAAAUCCCUUGUGAUUUGUACCGAAACUGGAAAUAAAGAUGGACAGUGGAAAGCAUGCUGCAAGCUUGGAACUGCCUAUACGUCUCUUCGAAAGCAUGAGAAAUCCGUUGAGAACUUCGAGAAAGCGCUUGCGAUCAGUAAGAAAGGUGGAGAUAGGGAAAAAGAAGGAGAAGCACACAUCAAUCUGGGUGGAGCGUACUAUGCUCUCAGUCUGCACGAUAAAUCCAUCGAGCAUUUUGAAAAUGGACUUACCAUCAGUGAAGAAAUUGGCAACAAACCGUUGGAAGGCAAAUCUCACAACAAAAUCGGCAAGGUGUAUUUUUUCAAGGGCCAAUAUGACAAGUCCAUCUUUCAUUUCGAGAAGGGCCUGGAAAUCAGACAACAUUUGGAAGACAAACGUGGGCAAGGGCGCUCGUACAAUCUCCUGGGUAAAGCUUAUUAUGCUCUCAGUCAGUAUGAGAAAUCUAUUGAUUACCACGAGAAAGCUCUUGCGAUUGGCAAAGAAACUGGUGACAAGAAAGGAGAAGGGAACACCUACAACAGUCUCGGAGAUGCAUACCACACUCUUGGCCAAUACGAAAGAGCGAUCGAGUAUCUAGAGAAAGGUCUUGGAAUAAGCAAAGAGCUCCAUUACAAACAAGGAGAAUUAAAGUCUCACAGCAGUCUCGGCAUGGUGUACCACGCCCUUGGUGAAUUCGAAAAAGCUAUCGAGCACUCGACGAAAAGUCUUGAAAUCAGUUCAGAAAUGGGAAACAAACAAGCAGAAGGCACAUCUUACAGCCACAUCGCCGGAGUAUAUCAUGCCCUCGGCCAAUACGAUAGAUGUCUUGAAUGCUAUGAAAAAGGUCUCGAGAUCGCCCGGACACUUGGGGACAGACACGAAGAGGGCACGAUCUGUACAAAUCUUGGCACUUUGUAUUAUGCCCUUAGCCAAUUCGACAAAUCGAUAAAUUACUACGAGAAGGGAAUUCAGAUCUGCAAAGAAAUAGGCGACAAAAUAGGAGAAGGAAGAGCCUACCUAAACCUCGGUGGCGUAUAUGAUGCCAUUGCCAAUUAUCAAGAAGCUCUUGACUUAUUGCAGAAAUCUCUUGAGAUAAGUCAGGAAAUCGGAGAUAAACAAGUCGAAGGUGCGUCCUAUAGCAGCAUCGGUGGUGUGUAUAAUUGUCUUGGCCAGUUGGAAAAGUCGAUCGAUUGUCAGCAGAAAGCCCUUCAAAUUUAUGAAACGAUCGGGGAAAAGCAAGGACAAGGGGAAUCCCAUAACAAGCUUGGCAGCGUGUACAGUGAUCUUGGCCAGUUUCAGAAGGCACUGGUUUGCUACGAGAGAGGCCUUGAGAUACGGAGAGCAAUCGGUAACAAACACGGAGAAGCAGCAUCCUACAACAACUUUGGCAGCGUCUACUACGAGCUUGGCCAGUACGAGAAGUCAAUCGAGAAUCACGAGAAAGCACUUAUGAUCAGAAAAGAAAUUGGAGACAAACGAGGGGAGGGGAGAUCAUACAACAACCUCGGUAGUGUUUAUCACGAUUUAGGCCAGUACAAGAAAGCGAUCGAUUACUUCAAAAGAAGUCUCGCAAUCAGCGCAGAAAUUGGCGAUAGGCAAGGAGAGAGAUCUUCGUACAUCAACCAGGGCAAUGUGUUCUACGCUCUCGGCCAGUAUGACAAAUCGAUGGAGAGCCAAAUGAAAGCACUUGAAAUAAGCCGUGAGACAGGAGACAUCCAAGGAGAAGGAGCAUCAUACAGUAACCUGAGUUCUGUAUGUUAUGCUCUUGGACAAUACGAAAAGGCGAUGGAGUAUCAAGAAAAAGCACUAGAAAUAAGGAGAGCCAUUGGAGACAAACGCGGCGAAGCUGCCUCUUGUACCAACAUCGGUGGCCUUUGCCGUCUUCUUGGACAGCAUGAGAAAUGUAUCGCGUAUUUUACGCUAGCUAUCGAAGCUAGUGACGUGAUAGGCGAUAAGAGCCAGCAAGGAAAGUUGUACGGUAAUCUUGGCGAUGUGUAUAACGCACUUGGUCAAAAGGAACAGUCAAGAGAAUGCCUUGAGAAAGCCGUUGAAAUCAGUAAAGCAGUUGGAGACAGACGAGGAGAAGGUACGUCCUACAACGUCUUGGGAAGUAUCUGCUACGCCUUACGCCAGUAUGACAAAGCUAUUAGCUAUCUUAAAUCCAGUCUUGAAAUCAUGCAAGACCUUAGUGAUAAAAAGCUAAAGCAAACCACCUACACCAACCUCGCUACUGUGUAUCAGGCCCUUAGCCAGAAUAAAGAAGCCAUUGAGUGUCACGAGAGAGCGCUCGAGAUCAGCAGAACACUGUGCGACAAGAACGAAGAAGAAGCAUGUUGCAGCAAGCUCAGUAGUCUUCAUGAGGUUCUUCGCCAAUACGAAAAAUCUAUCAGCUACAGAGAGGAAGCUCUGGAAAUCAGUAAAGCCCUGGGUGAUAAGCUAGCUGAAGGGAGGUCGUACGAGCUUCUUGGUACCAUAUAUCACGCAGUCCGUCAAUAUGAGAAAUCAAUCCAGUGCAGAGAAAAAGCGAUUGAGAUCAGUAAAUCAAUUGGUGCCAGAAGGGCUGAAGCAAGAUCACACAGCCAGCUUGGAAAUGUCUAUUAUGAUCUUGGCUUGUACGAGAAGGCUGUCGAAAAGCAUCAGACGAGUCUUGAGAUUCGGGAAGCUAUUGGUGACAAGCAAGGAGAAGGAACCUCCCACAACAAUCUAGGCUCCGCGUACUGUGCACUCAACCAGUUUCAGAAAUCUAUUAAAUCCACCCUCAGAAGUCUUCAAAUUAGUACAACAAUUGGGGACAAGGAGGGAGAGAUAACAUCCUGCAACAACCUCAGUACGGUCUACCAACUACUGGGCCAACAUGACAAGUCAAUUAAAUACGUUGAGAGGGCACUUGAAAUUAGCAAAGAAAUUGAGGACAAGCAAGGAGAAGGAGCAUCCUACAGCAACCUCGGCAUUGUGUACCAUGCUCUCGGUGAGUAUGAGAGGUCAGCUGAAUUCGAAAGGAAAGCACUCGCGAUCAAUAAAGAGGUUGGCGAUAAACUGAGAGAAGGAAUUUCCUACAGCAAUCUUGGCAGAAUAUACUACAUUUUUGGCCAGCAUCAGAACUCGAUGGAUUGCUUUAAAAGAGCUCUCGAAAUCAAGAAAGAAUUUGGAGACAGGGAAGGACAAGAAUUUUGUCACAGCGCCCUCAGCCUGUUGUAUAGUAACCUCGGCGACUAUGACAAGUCAAUUGAAAACCAAGAAGAAGCCCUUGAAAUUUGCACAGCAGUCGGAAACAGAGAAGGGGAAAUAAGAUCUCACGAUGUUCUCGGCACUUUAUAUUACAUGUUCAGCCAGUUUGAAAAAUCAAUCCAACACCAAGAGAAAGCUCUUGAAUUCAGCAAGACAGUUGGAGAUAAGAGAAGAGAGGGGUCAUCUUACAGCAAUUUAGCUACCAUCUACCAUGCUCAAAAGCAGUUCGAGAACUCAGUGGAGCAUCAAGAAAAAGCUCUUGACAUCUUUAAGGCGAUUGGAGACAAACACGGAGAGGCAGCAUCGUACAGCAACCUUGGCAGUUCUUAUUAUGCUCUUGGUCAAUAUGAGAAGUCCUUGAUGUAUCUUCAAAACGCGCUGAGAGUCUGUAAAGAGAUUUGUGCUGUAAGAGGACAACUCAGAUCAUACAAGAUCCUUGGAAGUGUUUAUCAUCUUCAGGGACAACUUGAGAAGUCUAUCGUGAAUUACAAAAAAGUGUUAGAGAUCAGCAGAGAAAUUGGAGACAAACAAGAAGAAGAAGCUGCCUGCCAGAAUCUAUACACCUUGUACAAUGCACUUGGCAAGCAAGAGGAAGCUGCCAUUUACCAAGAGAAUGCACAGAAGAUCGCGAAAGAUAUUGGAGGGAGACAACAAAAAGAUGAAUCUCAGGAACGUUGUGCCCAAUGUGUGUAUUAUGUUUUCGACCUUUAUGAAAAAUCUAUUGAGUAUCAAGACAGGCCCAGUGGAAUGGGCGAUGUAGUUGCAAGUAAGGAUCGCAAUCCAAGUGAUUCUGGCAAACAAAUUGAGAUGUCCAUCAACUAUCACGAGAGGGAAAUGGAAAUCAGCAGGGUAACCGCUCACAAAGCGGGAGAAGUAAAAUCCUACUGCACUCUCGGAGAAGAUUACAUGGUGCUUGGCCAAUAUGCGAAGUCCUUUGACUAUUUCGAGAAAGCAGUCGAGAUCAGCCAAGCGACUGGUAGCAGAGAAGCUGAAGCGACCUCCUAUAAUGGCCUUGGGGGUGUGUAUUACAACCUUGGCCAGUAUGAGAAGUCAAUAAAGUUUCAGGAGAAAGCAUUGGAAAUUUAUAAGGAGAUCGAAGACAGGGAUGGCGAAGGAACAGCAUACAAUAACCUAGGAAGUCUUUACCGUGCCCUCGGCCAGUAUGAUAGGGCGAUGGAAUGUCAAGAAACGGCACUCGGCAUCUGCAUUCAAAUUAAAGACCGAAAAGGGGAAGCCAUAGCAUACAAUAAUCUCGGUAGUAUACACAGUGCUCGUGGCCAAUAUGAUGCUGCAAUGAAGUUUCACGAGAAAGCUCUUGAAAUCAGAAAAGAAGUUGGAGACAGAGAAGGGGAAGGAAUUACUUAUGUCAACCUCGGAUAUGUUCAAUAUAUACUUGGCCACUAUGAGAAAUCCAUCAGCUAUCUGGAACGAGGACUUGAAUUAAUAAAAGAAACUGGAAUAAAACGUGAAGAGCACAUGGUUCUUUACAGUUUAGGCGUGAGCCAUUUCCACGAGAACAGCUUCACAAAAGCAUCCGACUACUUCCUUCAGAGCAUUAAAGGCCACGAAAAUACACGGGAGUCUCUUAAAGAUGAAUAUAAGCUUUCAUUAGAUGAUCAGAGCAUUUCUUUUUACAAGGGACUUACUUUGCUAUUGUUGUCCCUUGGAAAAGUGGCCGACGCCCUCUGUACAGCAGAACGAGGACGAGCUCGUGCACUGGUAGAUUUGAUGUCCGCCAAUUUUGGGAUCCAGGAGGUCACCGACAAAGGUGAAUUCACUCCAAGUUCAAUUGCAAAUCUCUUUGAAAAACAGCAAAGUGACUUUCUCUUCGUUAGCAUUAUAACAAGGAGGAUCUAUCUUUGGUUCGUGGAAAAGGGUGGUAAAAUGCAUUUCAGCCCUAGAGGGAGUGAAGCAGAGCUGUCUGCUAACAAAUCAGAAACAUCUUCUUUGCAAGAUCUGGUGGCAGCAACAUUGAGAUCGUUUCCUACAGACGACACAGAGGAAUACGAAGACCGAUCAUUGUCACCAAUCUAUGAAGACGAAUCGUCAUCAGCAGAGGAAUCUGGUGAAACACCCAGUCAGCACCAUUUCCGGGGUAAUGAAGAAGAAGAAAGAGAAGCCAAUCUCAAAAGGUUGUACGAAAUGAUAAUGGCACCUGUUGCUGGUCUUAUCCAAGGUCCAGAGAUUGUCAUUGUCCCAGAAGGAGGAUUGUUCCUAGUCCCAUUUGCAGCCUUGCAAGAUUCCGAUGGAAAGCACUUGUCAGAAACAUAUCGAAUCCGCCUCAUUCCCUCUUUGACAUCACUUCAGGUCAUUCAAAGUUUCCCAGAAAAUUACCAUUCUCAAACUGGGACACUGAUUGUCGCAGAUCCGACGGUUGGCCUUGUAGAGUUUGAUGGAAAGAUCGGAGUUUUACCACCUCUACCAGGCUCCAGAAUGGAAGCCGAUAUGGUAUCCCGGUAUGUUCCAGCACCAUACUUCAAGCUUAUUGGAGAGCAAGCCACGAAGAAUGAAGUGAUAAAAAGAAUCCAGGAUGUAGGGCUGGUGCAUAUUGCAGCCCAUGGUGAUGCAGAGAGAGGAGAAAUUGCCCUUGCGCCAAAUGACCGUACCGUUGAAAUCGCACAAAAGAAAGAUUUCAUGCUGACAAUGGAGGACAUAGCAAAAGUCGGCAUAAAGGCCAAGCUGGUAGUACUCAGCUGCUGCAAUAGUGGUCGUGGUAAGAUCAUGACAGCCGAGGGAGUUGUCGGAAUAGCUCGGGCGUUUCUCGGGUCUGGUGCUCGCUCCGUUUUGAUGUCGUUAUGGCCUGUGAACGAUGCAGCUACCAAAGUCUUCAUGAACGUGUUCUAUAGAAGCUUAAUGCGGGACCAAAAGAGUGCAAGUGAGGCUCUUCACCUGUCUGUCAAAAAGUUAAGAGAGUCAGCAAUGUACAACCACUUCAGGCACUGGGCUGCUUUUGUCCUCCUUGGAGAUGAUGUCACAUUUGAUUGACCUCUGUAAUUGGGAAAAUCAAAAGAGUGAAAGCACAACUAAAGGUUUUCUUAAUUUCGGCGUGCAAAGAUGAAGCUGUUCAGAAAGGUGCUUGAUGGUGCUCCAGAGUCUUCUAUUUCUCUGCUAUCCUCUGCAGAACUGACUGUAAAAAGAUGCAUCUUUAAAGUCACUUGUUAGCGGGUCAAAUAACCGCGUGGAUACUUCAGGGAGCGAAGCUUCAGUAACGUACUGAACACAGCAUCUUAUUUCAUUGGUGCAGACAGAGCAGGAGUACUGUUCAAAUCUUGUGGAGUACCAAAGAACAAUUACCAAGGCAAUCAGCAAAUGAACUCUAAUAAACUCAAUUAUUUUUUUAGUUGUGCGGAAUCGGUGAACAGAACUGUUGUAAAUAAACCUAGAAAUCUAUCUUGGAGAAUAGCGUUGUGUAUUUAAAAGUCUGCACGCUUUUGCGAUCUGUUUUUUGUUAGAGACCCUUCAUUAAGGUCCUGCAAAGUAUAAUUUCUUUUAACUUGGAAUAAUUUGCUUUUUGCUUGGCAAAAGUUAAAAAAAAAA